ACAGUUAAAGCAAGUGCCCGGAACACCCGGUUCCCUGACCCUCGAGUUGAAGCGUGCUGCGAAUCAAAGAAAACUCAUUGAUGUUUUCUUCCUAUCUUGCUCGAACAAUCAAACAACGUACACACUCUCAUCUCUUCUUACCAUUUAUUCUAAGAUCACUAGCUUCCCAAUAUGGUUUUUCCACUCUUUCCUAUUCGCAUUCGACACAUACACUCUUUCAGGCAUUUCAUCAAACACCUGGUAUUCAAUACCAAAAACUGGAUUACAACCAUUUUUCUACACUCCACCCAUCCCACCUUUAUCAAACAAUAGACUUCACCCAGAUAACAGAGUGUGCCGAUGAAACUACAAAGUCGGAUGUGAUUCAAUUAGUCAAAUUAUUGCGUAGUAAUUUUAACCCUGGAGAGGCAGAGUCGUCGGAUUUUCUUGACAGAUCUGACAUCAAGCCGAGUGACGUCUUGAUCAAUUCAGUGAUUUGGGAAUUAAAGGAUGAAUGGAAGUUAGCUUUUUUCGUAUUUAAAUGGGGUCAGAAAUGGAGAUGUGAUAAUGAAAAAGCUUGGAGCUUGAUGAUAUGGGUGUUAGGGAACCAUAAAAAGUUCAACAAUGCUUGGUGUCUGAUUCGGGACUUGUAUCAAUCUUCCAUGAACACUCAACGCCCAAUGCUCAUCAUGAUUGACAGAUAUGCAGCUGCAAACGAACCAGCUGAAGCUAUUCGUACAUUCCAAAUAAUGGAAAAGUUCAAACUUAGCCCUGAUCAGAAUUCAUUCUACUCACUUCUACACACGCUCUGUAAACAUGGCUACAUUGAAGAGGCUGAAGAGUUCAUGUUUCUAAACGCAAAACUCUUCCCACUUGAAACCCAUGGAUUCAACAUCAUUCUUGAAGGCUGGUGUACUACAUUCAUAGACAUACUUGAAGCCAAGAGAAUUUGGAAAGAAAUGGACAAAUGUCAAAUAAUCCCAGAUGAACAUUCCUACACCCACAUGAUUUCUUGCUUCUCCAAAGUCAAUAACUUAUUCGAUUCACUAAGAUUAUACGAUGAAAUGAAGAAAAAAGGGUGGACACCGAAUCAAAAGGUUUAUAAUUCAUUAGUUUAUGUUCUUUCACACGAGAAUUGCAUUGAUGAAGCUCUUAGAAUAUUGGAGAAGAUGAAGGAGAUGGGGUUAAAUCCCGAUUCUACCCCUUAUAAUUUUAUAAUACGUACGUUAUGUGAAGUGGGAAAACUAGAAGAUGCAAGAGGGAUAUUGUCAAGAAUGUUGGAAGAAAAUGUAAGCCCUAAUAUUGACACAUAUCAUGCUUUUCUUGAGGGCGUAGGCGUAAAUUUUGAAGAAAGUUUGGAGCUUGUUGAGCGUAUGGGGAGAUCGGGAAAUGGGCCAACUCGGGAUACUUUUGUUAUACUUCUUGAGAAGUUUUUGGGUGUGGAUGAGGUUGAAAAUGCAAUGAAAAUUUGGGUGAAAAUGAAAGAUUAUGAAGUUUUCCCGGAUUCUAAACAUUUAGUGAUAAUGGUGGAAGGGUUAGUGAAGCAUGGAUUAAAAGUGAAGGGUAGAGAACUAUAUAAUGAGAUGAUAUCUAUUGGAAUUGUAGAGGAUCCGAAACUCAAAAAGCUAUUGAAGGACUCAUUAGAAGAUGAAUGUAGAAAAAGUAGGAAAUCUAGACAUGAGGAGAGACGUGUGCGUAUGCAUCAUGGAAAGAAAUGGUUUAGUGUUAAAAAAUCAAGAACAUAAAGUGAUCUUGCUAUUCUAUCUUCAAUUGUAGGGUGAUGUAUUAUGUGGACUUGAUAAUGUUCAAAUUGGAUAAACCUUACUUUGCUAUGGAAACUUUGUGGGAAGUUAAAGGUUGUGUAAAAGUUCAUUUGGAACAUGAAAUUGAAGAAAGAAUUUAAACAA